AUGGGAACCGGCACCCCCACUCGCAACAAGAAUCCCUCCUACCUUGGUGAUCAGACAUCGACCUCCGAUUCCGGCCAUGGUAAUCUCAAUCCGCCCACCCAGGGUGGUGCGAAGCCGAAGCCGCCCUCUGAUUCUGGUCGUGGUGAUCUCAAUCCGCCCACCCAGUGUGGUGCGAAGCUGCCCUCUGAUGCCGGCCAAGCUGAUCACAAUCCUCCCACCCAAGGUGGUGCGAAGCCAAAUCUGAAGCCGCCCUCUGAUUCCAGCCAAGCUGAUCUCAAUCCGCCCACCCAGGGUGGUGCGAAGCUGAAGCCGAACCCGUCGAAGCAUGGUGGUGCGAAGCAGAAGCCGACCGCCGAAGCAUGGUCUAUGUUGCAAACUAGGGCUGAAAAUAUACUGCAAACCUGUCGUUCCGAUUCCAACAGUUCUGAUUCCACCACCACUUCCUCCUCCUCCUCCGAAGUUAUUGUGUGA